GGGGGGGUGGUGGAUGCUGGCGGUCUAAACCGGCGCCGCCCGGCCUUUUCCGGGGCAGCGUAGUUUCCCUGAUUCGGUGCCGGUAAAAAUGUGCCUAGUCACGGGGCCGCGCUCGGGGGAGCUGAGGUCUCUCCUCGGCGUCCGCCCGAAACCCUCCCCAACCCCCGUCCUACGACGCGGUGAGCUCGGCCGUCUGUGGCCUCAGCCCGAGAGCGGGUCUGUAAGAUCACGCCUGUCCGUCUUGAUCCAGAAAAGCCCAGCCCUCCGGGGGCGGAGGAGAAAGUCACCGGGUGGCCCUCGUGCUCUGGCGCCCCGACGGGCGGCCUGCCGGCAGGGCUCCGCGCACUCCUUCGGCCUGGGAACCCGGGAAUGGCCUCGCGCCGGGCGCAAAGACGUGCAGACCUGGGCGGCGGGCUCCGAGGUCCGAGUGGGCUCCAUGCUGGGCUGUGUGUUCUGAGUAUCGUGACUCGUGGGGCCCCACGUAGUGUGCGUGGCUGUGGCUUCUGGCUGGCUUACAUCGGCCAGUUGGCAGUCGCAGAGGCCCUCGGUUGGCCCUUUCCUGCUCUAUAGCGUGCAAACCUCGCUGCUCUGGGGCCAAGGGACAAGUUGGAGCUGUUGAUCAGUUGCGCAAUUGUUAUUUUCCCCUGGGCGGCUUUGUCUUUGGAUUUAGCUUUACAGAGUUGUAAUACCGAAAUGUAUAAGGCAGGAUAUUCUGGUCCUUGCCGUCAAGGGACAUGGAUUUGAUUGACAUCCUUUGGAGGCAAGACAUAGAUCUUGGAGUAAGUCGAGAAGUGUUUGACUUUAGUCAGCGACAGAAGGACUAUGAGCUGGAAAAACAGAAAAAACUCGAAAAGGAAAGACAAGAGCAACUCCAGAAGGAACAGGAGAAGGCCUUUUUCGCUCAGUUUCAACUGGAUGAAGAAACAGGAGAAUUCCUCCCAAUUCAGCCAGCCCAACACAUCCAGACCGACACCAGUGGGUCUGCCAGCUACUCCCAGGUCGCCCACAUUCCCAAACAAGAUGCCCUCUACUUUGAAGACUGUAUGCAGCUUUUGGCAGAGACAUUCCCAUUUGUAGAUGACCAUGAGUCGCUUGCCCUGGAUAUUCCCAGCCACGUUGAAAGUUCAGGCUUCACUGCCCCUGAUCAGGCCCAGGCCCUUGAUAGCUCUCUGGAGGCAGCCAUGGCUGAUUUAAACAGCAUACAGCAGGACAUGGAGCAAGUUUGGCAGGAGCUAUUUUCCAUUCCCGAAUUACAGUGUCUUAAUACCGAAAACAAGCAGCUGGCUGAGACUACCGCUGUUCCCAGCCCAGAAGCCACACUGACAGAAAUGGACAGCAAUUACCAUUUUUAUUCAUCGAUCUCCUCGCUGGAAAAAGAAGUGGGCAACUGUGGUCCACAUUUCCUUCAUGGUUUUGAGGAUUCUUUCAGCAGCAUCCUCUCCACUGAUGAUGCCAGCCAGCUGACCUCCUUAGACUCAAAUCCCACCUUAAACACAGAUUUUGGCGAUGAAUUUUAUUCUGCUUUCAUAGCAGAGCCCAGUGGCGGUGGCAGCAUGCCUUCCUCCGCUGCCAUCAGUCAGUCACUCUCUGACCUUCUGGGCGGGACUAUUGAAGGCUGUGACCUGUCACUGUGUAAAGCUUUCAAUCCAAAGCACACUGAAGGCGCCACGGAGUUCAAUGACUCUGACUCCGGCAUUUCACUGAACACGAGUCCCAGCCGAGCGUCCCCAGAGCACUCCGUGGAGUCUUCCAUUUACGGAGACCCACCACCUGGGUUCAGUGACUCGGAAAUGGAGGAGCUAGAGAGUGCCCCUGGAAGUGUCAAACAGAACGGUCCUAAAGCACAGCCAGCACAUUCUCCUGGAGACACAGUACAGCCUCUGUCACCAGCUCAAGGGCACAGUGCCCCUGUGCAUGAAUCCCAAUGUGAAAAUACAACAAAGAAAGAAGUUCCUGUGAGUCCUGGUCAUCAAAAAGUCCCAUUCACAAAAGACAAACAUCCAAGCCGCUUAGAGGCUCAUCUCACAAGAGAUGAGCUUAGGGCAAAAGCUCUCCAUAUUCCAUUCCCUGUCGAAAAAAUCAUUAACCUCCCUGUUGAUGACUUCAAUGAAAUGAUGUCCAAGGAGCAAUUCAAUGAAGCUCAGCUCGCAUUGAUCCGAGAUAUACGCAGGAGAGGUAAGAAUAAAGUCGCCGCCCAGAACUGUAGGAAAAGGAAGCUGGAGAACAUUGUCGAGCUGGAGCAAGACUUGGGCCACUUAAAAGACGAAAGAGAAAAACUACUCAGAGAAAAGGGAGAAAAUGACAGAAACCUCCAUCUACUGAAAAGGCGGCUCAGCACCUUGUAUCUUGAAGUCUUCAGCAUGUUACGUGAUGAGGAUGGAAAGCCUUACUCUCCCAGUGAAUACUCUCUGCAGCAAACCAGAGAUGGCAAUGUGUUCCUUGUUCCCAAAAGCAAGAAGCCAGAUACAAAGAAAAACUAGGUUCGGGAGGAUGGAGCCUUUUCUGAGCUAAUGUUUGUUUUGUACUGCUAAAACUUCCUACUGUGAUGUGAAAUGCAGAAACACUUUAUAAGUAACUAUGCAGAAUUAUAGCCAAAGCUAGUAUAGCAAUAAUAUGAAACUUUACAAAGCAUUAAAGUCUCAAUGUUGAAUCAGUUUCAUUGUAACUCUCAAGUUAAUUUCUUAGGCACCGUUUGGGAGAGUUUCUGUUUAAGUGUAAAUACUACAGAACUUAUUUAUACUGUUCUCACUUGUUACAGUCAUAGACUUACGACAUCUGGCUAAAAGCAAACUAUUGAAAACUAACCAGACCACUAUACUUUUUUAUAUACUGUAUGAACAGGAAAUUACAUUUUUAUAUUAAAUUGUUUAGCUCAUAAAAAUUAAAAGGAGCUAGCACUAAUAAAGGAAUAUCAUGACUUAA